AAUGGUAAGGUAGCCAUUUGGGUAUAAUGUGGUCCGCAGCAACAGAUAAUAACUAUUCAUGGAAGUCUGGCAACUGCACUUAACCGGCCCCCCUCAAGGCCCUCCCUUCACUUCUCUCAUCUUUGAUUAUACUGCUUUUCAGUCUUACUGUCUCCCUUUCUUUCUCUCUCUGUUUCCAGUUUUUCCAGCUAGAUAGUCUCUACAUAUUUAUGAUCAAUAAAACAUCCAAAUCAAGAAACAAAUAACAAUAUUACAAGACACUUUCCUUUUCAUUUCUCUAAGCUUUGGUUUGUGUAGAUAGAGAAGAUGGUGAGAAGUGAGCAUCAUAAUUAGAGGCUUUUUGGGUGACUGAAAAGGAUGCCAAUUCAGAAAAAUGGUUUGCACUGAGAAUGACUUACUGGGGUGGAAAGAUUUUCCUAAAGGACUUAGAGUCCUCCUUCUUGAUAAAGAUUCUAAUUCUGCCUCUGACAUGAGAUCAAGGCUUGAGGAAAUGGAAUAUAUAGUUUACGCAUUCUGCAAUGAGACUGAAGCUUUGUCUGCAAUCUCAAGCAAGUCUGAAGUAUUCCAUGUUGCCAUUGUAGAGGUAAGUGCUGGCAACAGUGAUGGAGGACUCAAAUUUCUCGAAGGUGCUAAAGAUCUGCCAACUAUAAUGGUGUCAAAUAUUCACUCUAUUAGCACCAUGAUGAAGUGUAUAGCGCUUGGUGCAGUUGAGUUCCUUCAGAAACCAUUAUCAGAUGAUAAACUGAGAAAUAUAUGGCAGCAUGUAGUUCACAAGGCAUUUCAUUCUGGAGGAAAGAAUGUCGCUGAGUCGCUUAAGCCGGUUAAAGAAUCUCUUUUGUCCAUGCUAGAGCUCCAACCAGUAAAGCGCGAAGCAGAUAGUGAAAAUUCUAAUGAAGCUGAACCCUUGACCUCAGUAUUGGAAAACCAAAAAGAAUCACCAAAUUGCUGCGAUAAGUAUCCGGCUCCUUCAACCCCACAACAUAAACAAGGAGUGAGGUCAGUGGAUGAUGGUGAUUUCCAAGAUCAUACUAUCUUGUCAAAUGAACAAGAUAGUGAGGUACAUGAAGGGGACACAAAAUCUGUCGAAACUACUUGUUGUGAUUCUGUUGCUGAGACUAGUAUCCUGGCAGAUUCUGCCGGGCGACUAGAAGUGGCUAUCACAAAGGAUGAGCGUGAUUCUGCUGCUGAUCAAAAUAUGGAGGAUCCCAUUGCUACUUGUUCACGAAGUAAUGACUACCCAGCCGAUGGCAGUACUCGUUCUGCUGAAUCUAAUAAAGCUUCUGGUCUCCAUAGUUCAAGUGGGACAAAAGCUAAUAAGAAGAAAAUGAAGGUAGACUGGACACCUGAACUACACAAAAAAUUUGUUAAGGCAGUCGAGAAACUUGGUAUAGAUCAAGCCAUUCCUUCUCGAAUACUAGAGCUGAUGAAAGUAGAAGGCCUGACAAGACAUAAUAUAGCUAGCCAUCUCCAGAAAUUCAGGAUGCAGCGGAGGCAAAUUUUGCCAAAGGAAGACGAGAAAAGAUGGCCUCGUCCUCAACUUAGAGAUUCAGUACAAAGAACCUAUUAUUAUCCACAUAAACCUGUCAUGGCCUUCCCGACCUAUCAUCCGAAUAAUGCACCCACAGCUGGUCAAUUCUAUCCUCCUUGGAUACCACCAGGAGGUUACCCGAAUGGUGCGCAUAUGUGGGGUUCACCUUAUUAUCCUGGAUGGCAACCACCCGAGAAUUGGCACUGGAAUCCUCACUCUGGACUGUAUGCUGAUGUAUGGGGUUGCCCCGUUACACCUCCAUCUUUAGGAUCAUGUACACCGUACCUUCAGAAUGCAUCUGGGAUACACAACAGAUAUGGCAUAAUACAAAAAUCAGUUGAUCUUCACCCGGCAGAGGAGGUCAUAGAUAAGGUGGUAAAGGAGGCAAUACACAAGCCAUCGUUGCCUCUACCAUUGGGCCUAAAAUCUCCUUCAACGGAGAGUGUUCUCGACGCGCUUUCCAAACAAGGCAUCUCCGCCGUUCCUUCACGCAUCAACGGUUCUCGUCGCCCGCAUUGACAGAGAUUUGGUUCUCGGAAGUACCUCACGCGGAGGCGCGUGUUUCAACCCGCAACCUGAGCGCGUGGUGACGAAUUGACCUGACACAGCAGAGAUAAGUAGAUCCAUUAAGGAACUGAUCCUAUAAAAGUCUUGCUCGUGUGCUGACCCUUUUUGUUGCAUGGCACAGAAUCGGCCACGUAUAUGGCUUACGUGAAUGGCUGAAAUAAUUUGUUUUCCUGUAAAUAAAAAAUUCCUUUAGAAUUGUAGAUCGUAUUUCUAUUUUACAUGCUGUUUUAAGAAAAUAUUAAUUAAAAAAAUUUAAUCUGUUUAAUUUUAUUUAUUAUUUAAUAUAUAAUUUUUAUUUAUUA